AUGUUGACCUCGCCACUCGUUCUACUUGCCUCCCUCGGCGCCGGUCUUGUCCAGGCACAGCAGCCUACUCUUGAUGAUUUGUUUGUCGAAAAUGCGCCCUCUUCUCCCCGUCCCUACGUCAUCCCUCACUAUGCCAACUCGCACUCUGUGACGAUUGGUUCCCAGCUCUACCGGUUCACCGUUACCGGUCCGUCGUCGGGUUAUGCAUUCACCCUCAUGAGCACCAAUGCCCCAGCCAGUGGGAGUUUAGGUGUGCUGCCUCAUAUUCAUCGCCGGCAUUAUGAGAACUUCUUCUCCUUCAAGGGCCGGUUCCAGCUGUGGGCUCAAAAGGGCGACAGCGAACAACAGGGCCGUCUUCUUACAUCGGGUGACUUUGGCUCGGUUCCUCGCAACACCACUCACACAUUCCAAAUGCUGGACCCUGAUACUGAGAUGGUUGGUGUUAUCGUUCCUGGUGGAUUCGAGGAUCUCUUCUACGCCCUCGGCACCAACUAUACCUCCGGCACAGAUACUCCAUUUGUACCCAAGGCCUCUAGUGACGCCGGUACUCCAAGUGGCUCGAUCAUGUCUUCGUUGAAGAAAUACGACGUCUACCCCGAGCUGAGCUUCAAGGCUCGCCGUGAUCUCGUCAAUGGAUCUGCGCCUUCCCACAACAGUGUCUGGCACACCGGCAAUAACGAUCUCGGCAAGCCUGGAAAGCCCUACUUCCUGGCCAGUGGAUAUGGCCCCAAGUAUCUGAGCUCUGAGCACGGAUACCAGGUCAUCCAGCCACUCGUCCAGCCGAAGCAGGCCGAAGAUCUCAACUACACCAUUUCGACCCUUUCGCUCAGUCGCCAGACCAAGGAUAGCCCUCCUUUGUAUACCCUGGAUGGUGCAGCUGCAUUUGAGGUUGUGGAGGGUGCUCUGUCUAUUCAAAUCGGCGAUUUUCCAUUGGCAACUCUCCUGACAGGUGACGUGGCUUUCAUCCCUGCGCAGGUACCUUUCACCUACUACACUGAGACCGCCUUCGCCAAGGUACUUUUCGUCGCCAGCGGCAACAACAGUCUUGAUCAGCAGUUGAUAAGCGGUGGACAGGAGUGGAAUUUCACUUCUUUCCCCAAGUAUUAA